AUGACAAAAGUCACAACUCAAGCAACUGCUACUAGAAUUGAUAUAAGCAGUGUUUUCUAUGUUCAUCCUUCAGACAAUCCAGGAACACCACUUGUUCCAGCUCAAUAUGAUGGAGUUGGAUACAGAUCCUGGAGAAGAGGUAUCUUACGAGCUUUGUCUGUGAAGAACAAGUUAGUUUUCAUUGACGGAAGCUGUGUGAAGCCAGCUGAAAAUUCACCUCAAUCUCGUCAAUGGCAGAGAUGUGAUGAUAUGGUAACUUCAUGGAUAUUGAACUCUCUUACCAAGGAGAUUGCAGAUAGUGUUGAAUAUGUUAACAAUUCUUCUGAACUUUGGAAGGAACUAGAAGACAGAUAUGACCAGACAAAUGGUGCAAAACUGUAUCAAAUUCAAAAGGAAAUUGAUGAUCUAACACAGGGAACUCUAGACAUCACUGUCUAUUACACAAGACUGAAAAAGCUGUGGGAAGAAUUAAACACUUUGAAUACAAAGAGCAUAUGCACUUGUACAUGUACUUGUGGUGCCAAGGAUAGUAUGCACAAAUCAGAAAAGGACAGGCGAUUAAUACAAUUCCUAAUGGGAUUGAAUGAAGUUUACACUGUAAUCAGAGGUAACAUACUUAUGAUGAAUCCUCUUCCUUCUACUGCACAUGCUUUCUCUUUGUUGAUUCAAGAGGAAAAACAAAGAGAAUAUAGGCCUACUAGUCGUACACCUAUGGAGUCAAUCUCACUGAAUGCAAAUGCUGGUAGAGGAUCACAAGGUGGUAGAGGCUAUAGAACAAAAUUUUCAAGUAAUAAUGACUUAGGCAACAAAGUAACAGAAGUGUUUUGA